AUGCCUGUCCAGAGACAACAACGAAGAUCACAGCUUGAAUGCGCCGAGGGCCAGAUGGAGUCCCAGGCCCGUCCCAAGUGCGACGAAUGCAAGUCGCAGCGUCCAUCCUCUCGCUCUGCUAAACACGCCCGACGCCGGUCCGACACUCGCACUCGCAAGCACUCUUCUCGCUCUCGCACUCGAAAGACCAAGGGCUCGUUUACGUCCGACUCGUCUGUAUACUCCUCUCCUUCUCCUCCCUCCACCGGCCAUCACCAGUCGACGGCCAGCUCCACCUCGUCAAUCGAGUCGAACUCCUCCGAGGACAGGGACAAUGCGCGGCCAACGUCUGGGGACGUUGGCCCUGUUGUGGACACCAUGAACCCGGACGACCGCCGGCUGUUUGAGCACUGGGCUGCUGCGACUGAACAGUCGCUGACACACAGCAAGGGCAAGGACCUGUCGUGGCAGUCCACGAUACGCCGCCAGUCGGCUACACACCCGGCCCUGCGCCAUAGCACCCUGGCCCUGUCCGCCGUACAACUCGCACUGGAAGGCGAGGCUGGAUCUGCGAAGCGGAAGAGUCUCUUGCAGGACGCCCGCAGACACUAUAACGACGCCGUGGACAAGUUCCCAUCCCUCGACGACUCCCCCGGCGACACCUCCGAAUCCACAUGCGAUGCGGCCUUUUCGACCGCAAGCAUUCUCUUCAUGUGCGAAUUGACUUCGCCUUCGCUGGCCGAAGAUGGAUUUAGCUUUUCGCGAUCGGCUGAUUCUUCAAGCCCGAAACCAAAGGAGGAUCAGAGUCAGGAGCAGGAUCAGGAGCAGGAUCAGGAGAAGGACCAGAAGCGGCAGAAGACCGACCAUGAAGAAGCGUCUCCUCCAUCUUCCGCCCCUGCUGGACACUCUCGGACCCUCCAGGAGCUCCUUAAUAUCUUUACAACAGUGCGGGCAUUGUCGCCCAGCUCCAAAGUCCUCGACGUCGUCGAGAAAGGCAAGCUGAAGGCGCUCUUCUCCGAAACCGACCCAUAUCACCAACUGCCCAGCACAUAUACACUCACUAUCCUUGCGAUGCGCAACCUCAACACCGCCUCUGCCAAGAAGGACUCGUUGCACGAGACGUCUGUCUACGAUGAUGCUAUUACAAAGCUCGACCGCUCCCUGGAGAUGCUCAGCAAAGGAGGCGAGCCCACCAUGAUUGCUCUCCGGUGGAUGUUCCGUGUCCCACCGCGGUACUUGGAGCUUGUGCGCGAGAAGAAUCCCCUUGCGCUCAUCGUCUUUGCGCAUUACUGUGCUGUUCUCCACCAUCUGCGCGACCGAUGGUGGAUGGGUGACUGGGGGAGUCGGCUGGUCAAGGAGAUCUCCCAGCUGCUGGGCCCAGAGCGCAUGGGCUCGAUCCUAUGGGCCUCUGAUAUUGUGGGAAUCCAGACAUGA